AUUAGCAAAAUUAGCUCAUGGAAUUGGAAUGUUCUUAACUUGGUGUGUUCUAUUUCCUGCUUCUAUUUUUAUUGUAAGAUAUUACAAGCAUACCAAUAGUUACAUCAAAAUACAUCGAUUUGCACAAUUGCUUGGUGGUAUUAGUAUUGGUAGCUUUGGUGCAGCAGCUAUGGCAACAAUUAGUAUGAAAACAAGUCAUUCAUGGCUAGGAUUGACAAUAUAUUUUUUAUUAUUUAUUGAACUUGGAUUAGGUCUAAUAUCAAUGUGGGGUCAAGUGGCAAUAGUGUCAGUUAAUCAGGGAUAUCCUAGAUUUCUUAAAAGAAUUCACAGAAUUUUUGGAAUUUCCUUAUUAAUAUGUGCAUGGGUAAAUGUAUAUUUGGGAAUUGAUACAUAUAGUUUAUCUUAUGGAUUUGAAUCACUUUAUUACAAGGUUGCAUAUCUUAUAUGGAUUAGUGCAAUGGUAGUAGCAUAUAUAUUUGGAAAUGAAGAAGGAAAUAAAAAAAACUCCAUUCUUUCAUCAUAUAUUACUGAAGAAGAUUUAGCUAAAAUGCCAGAAUUUACAUGGAGUGAAAUUAAUGAGCGUGUUCAACGUGGAGCAUAUUUAAUAGUUUGUGAUGGAUUUAUUGUUAAUAUGAGAAAAUGGAUUAAGGUACAUCCUGGUGGAGCAAAAAUUCUUGAACGUGUCAUUGGAACAGACAUAACAAAUGAUUUUUUUGGUUAUAAAGGUAAAGGGAUUAUUGAGCAGAUUAAUAAUGUUCCAGAAAUAAAGUCUGUUCCAACUGGUAUGUCAACAUCAGUUUUAGGGCAGUAUAAAGAUAUUUUACAUGAGAGAACCAAAAAAUACACAACUGAAAAAAAUUCAGUUGCACAAGUUGUUGAUGUUAUGAAUGUUAAAUAUUUUUUAAAGGCACCUUUGGCUAUACAUCCACAUAGUUUGUUUGCAAUUAAGAAAAUAGCAACAAUGAUUGUGGCAAAAUUAAAAGAAACCCCAGAUGUUGUUCUUGGAUCACAAAUGUCACCUGCACCAAUAUUUGGACCAACAAAUGUAGCUGAUGGAAGAUUAAGUGAUUCAGAAAUUGCUAAACAAGAUACAGCAUUUAGAGUAAAGUUCCGUAGAUACAAAUUAACAAGCAAAGCACCUAUCAAUGGCAUGCAAUCAAGAAUUAAAGGACAAGUAGUAAUUAGAAGUUAUACACCAAUAGAAGGCAAUAUUGCUCAGAGUUUUAGUAUCUUUGUUAAAGUGUAUCCAGAUGGAUUAAUGUCACGACAUUUGAAUGAACAAUUAAAAGGAUAUGAGAUUCAAGUGAGAGGACCAUUUGAUGUUGGAGAUAGAGAAGUUUUGCAAACACAAACAUUAUCCCAGUCUGUUGAUGCAGCAUCACAAUAUAGAAAAUCAAGUAUAUAUAGCUUAUCCACCCCAUCAUUUAUAUCUUCAUCAACAAGUUCCUUACUUAAUCCUAAUACUCAGGAUGGUCACUGGAAAGAAUUAUACAUGAUUUGUGGUGGUAGUGGAAUUACACCAAUGUUACAACUGAUAGUAUAUCAUUUGGAAUUGUGUAUGAGGCGCAGUCGUGCAUCAACAACACGUAAUAAACGAGUGUCAAUGCAUUUGUUAUAUGGUAAUUAUAGAGUAGAGGAUAUAAUUAAUGGUGUAGAAUUAGAAGAGUAUCGGUUAAGUAGUAGGGGUAUGUUAGACAUAACAUAUUCAUUAAAUAAACCACCCCCAGAAUGGUCAGGGAAAAUUGGUGAAAUUAAUCAAGAAAUUAUUUCAGAUUGGUUAGGUGAACUGGUCGUAAAUGAUAGUAAAAACAAAAUUACUGCUGAUGAUACUAAUAUACCAGAUUCCCUUAGUCCACAACCAUUUAAAAAACAACAUUCAUCAUAUGGUGGUGGUUCAUUAAGUAAUAUGUCAAACAUGAUACAAUUUAAUAGUUAUAACAAUACAACAAACACAUCAUAUUUACCAAUUAAUACAAGUCAAUCACAACUUAAUAAUAGCGAUGAUAAUAUUAAUACAAAUACAACAAAUUUGCCAAUUAGUACAAGUCCACCACAAUUUUAUAAUCCUUUAUUAUAUGAUAAUAAUAAUGAUAAUCGACCACCAAUAAUACCACGUCAUACAAAACCUCCACCACCAAAUAUAAUGGUUAGUAAUAAUCAGAACACUUAUAGAACAUCAAUUAAUCCGGAAAGUGCUUUAAAUUCAUAUGUAAAUAAUAACUAUAUUAAACUUAAUAGCAAAAAGAGUGAUGAUGAAAUUAGUGAAGCACAUAGUAAUGUUACUGCUGGUAAUAAUAAGAGAAAAUCUAAACUUAAUCCUAACAGUAAAAUAUUUGUUUGUGGACAAUCUGGUAUGAUAAAUGUAGUUGAGCAAUCAUUAAAAUAUCUAGGUUAUACUGAGGAAGAUUUUAUAUUAAUAGCAUAA